AUGGUUCGUAUGCUUUAUAAUGAGCAGGGGCAGCAGCUUGUGUCUUUUGAUGAUACGUCGGGGGAAGUUGUGCAUUUCUUUCAAAGUUUGGUAGGAGCUGUGGACCCAGAUAUGGAGAGCUGCAAUGUGAGUACUUUAAGUGAGAUUGUUGGUUUUAAAAUUUCUAGUGAUGUUGGCAGGUUGUUAACUGGAGAAGUGUAUAAUAUUGAGAUUAAAGAGGUUUUUUUCACCAUGGUGAUGAUAAAGCACCGGGACUGGAUGAAUAUUCUCCCAAGUUCUUUAAAGUGGCUUCGGAGCACUUCAAACCUCUUACUGGCUUUUAAUGCUACAACAUUGGUCCUGGUUCCAAAAGUGGUAAAUGCUUGCAAUAUGAAGGAUUUUAGGCCUUUAUCUUGUUGUUCGGUUGUCUAUAGGGCUAUCACUAGAAUUAUGGUCCGUAGAUUGGCUAUUGUGUUUCUUGAUAUGGUAAGGCCUAACCAAUCAGCGUUUGUUAAAGGGCAGGAUAUUGUGGAUAAUACUCUGCUUGCGCAAGAGAAUGUGAGAGGGCAACUGAUUCUGCCUAGGUCUGUUUUGAAGAAGGUUGAUCAACUGUGUAUGAGAUCUUUUUUUGGAGGGGUUCAGGUUCUAUUGCUCUUGGUGCUAAUUUGGGUGAGUUGGGGUUUAAAUAAAGUUUUCUCCCUUAAGGAGAUUGUGUGGCCGUUAUUCCAUGCUGGGUGUUCAAUGUCUGUUCGGAUGAGGCAUGCUAUUGUGUCUUGGUUGACUUUGCUUAAUCGUCUAGCAACUAAGGACAUCAUUCGUAGAAUGAGCAUGGUUCUUGAGGGUAUUUGUGUGCUUUGUUGGGAGGAAGAGGAAACCAGAAGUCAUUUAUUUUUUAGUUUUCCUUUCUGGGCUCGAGUUUGGAGAGCUGUUCUGUCCUGGAGUGAUGUGUAG